CCGAAGUUCCCCCGUCUGCGGGCUCCCUCUUUCUUACCCGUCCAGCCGGCUGCCGGGGCCGAGCGUGCAGGAUUCGUCCUCCGCCUGUGGCGCUAGAGUCCCCGCCCCAGACCAGAAAAGGGGCCGAAGGGAGCGAGCGUGAGCCAUGGCGGCCACCCGGCUACCCCCCACGGCCUUAAGCCUGAAGCAGUUCCUCAGAAGACAGCAGGUUCUUCAGUUAUACAGAAAAAUCCUCAGGACCAUUCGUCAGAUCCCCAAUGAAGCAGAUCGUCGCUACAUGAGAGACUGGGCGAGAGAAGAUUUCAAAAGGAAUAAAGAGGCUACAGAUGAGGAUGCAAUUAAGAUGAUGAUCACUCAUGGCAACCUACAGCUUCAGGAGCUUGAGAGAACACUAAAAUUGGCAAAAUCCUAGGCUUAAUUCUGCUUACAAGUCAAAACAAUUUUUCAUUGUAGCUAACGGCAAAGACAUUAAGUGGGAAGAGCCCUGCUGAUAAUCCAAAAAUGUCCUGUGUACACUUCUCAAAAGUUAGAUGGAAGACCUGAUGAAUACUCUUUGUCAUAGUAUAAAUGCCAUAUGCCUGAAAAUUAAGGUGCAAUAAGAAUAAAAAGACAAGCAAUUACAGCAACAUCCGGACAAUCCAUGUGAAAAGUGCAGAAGUAGAGAAAAGGAAUUUGAUCUUAGAUUUAUGAAUUACACUUGUAAAUACAAGAAUACCAUCACUUAUUUGAACAAUUUACUUUUACAUGUAUUAUGUUUACCUAGAGAGUUCCACAAAGUAAAGAACUUAAUGUUUAUCAGUUCUGCACAAACCUUUGAAGAGAUGAUUUAAUGAAAUAUAAUAUGCCUUUGAACUGAAUCACUUAUAUUUAAUCUCCAAGGUAAUACAGGUAUUUCAGAGUGGCUUCAGUCAAAUUUGAAGGGGGUUCUAUGGACUUUUCAUAGUUUUUGGCUUCAGUGUUGUAUUUUUUUUUUCUUCUAAAAACAAGUUGAAGGAGAACUGAAUCUUUUCUUACAUUGACAUGAGUUGGCCAGUGUUUAUUGUAAGUUGGUUUUAGCAAAAUAGCCAGUAAAUUUUAUCUCUUUCUAGAACUAUGCCUAUGGAAGUGAUUCAAGUACUCUGGUGAACAAGUGUAGAGUGGAACCAAUAUUGCUGUUAUAUAUCUUCAGCUCUUCUAUUAGAAUUUGUUUAAGUAAAUUUAUUUGUAAAAAGAAAAAUAAAGAGAUCUGGUUUUAUUA